CCUGAGUCCCGGCCUCUCGCUUUCCCGCGCGAACAACAUGAGCUUCAGCACCCGCUCCACCUUCUCCACCAACUACCGGUCCCUCGGCUCCGUGCAGUCGCCCAGCCACCGGGGCCCGCCGGUCAGCAGCGCGGCCAGCGUCUAUGCAGGCGCCGGGGGCUCGGGCUCCCGCAUCUCCGUGUCCCGCUCCUCCAGCUUCCGGGGCAGCUGGGGGGCCGGGGGUCUGGCCGCGGGGAUGGCCGGGGGUCUGGCCGCGGGGAUGGCCGGGGGUCUGGUGGGCGUAGGAGGCAUCCAGAGUGAGAAGGAGGCCAUGCAAGACCUGAAUGACCGCCUGGCCUCCUACCUGGAGAGGGUAAGGAGUCUGGAGACCGAGAAUCGGAGACUGGAGAGCAAGAUCCGGGAACACCUGGAGAAGAAGGGGCCCCAGAUCCGAGACUGGGGGCCUUACCUCAAGAUCAUUGAGGAGCUGAGGGCUCAGAUCUUUGCAAAUUCUGUGGACAAUGCCCGCAUCGUUCUGCAGAUUGACAACGCCCGUCUUGCUGCUGAUGACUUCAGAGUCAAGUAUGAGACGGAGCUGGCCAUGCGCCAGUCUGUGGAGAGUGACAUCCAUGGGCUCCGAAAGGUCAUUGAUGACACCAAUGUCACUCGGCUGCAGCUGGAGACAGAGAUCGAGGCUCUCAAGGAGGAGCUGCUCUUCAUGAAGAAGAACCACGAGGAGGAAGUGAAGAGUCUUCAGAACCAGAUUACCAACUCUGGGUUGACUGUGGAGUUGGAUGCCCCCAAAUCUCAGGACCUCAGCAAGAUCAUGGCAGACAUCCGAGCCCAGUAUGAAGAGCUGGCUCGGAAGAACCGAGAGGAGCUGGACAAGUACUGGUCCCAGCAGAUUGAGGAGAGCACCAUAGUGGUCACCACGCGGACCAAGGAGAUAGGCACUGCUGAGGCCACACUCAAGGAGCUGAGGCACACGGUGCAGUCCUUGGAGAUCGACCUGAACUCGAUGAGAAAUCUGAAGGCCAGCUUGGAGAACAACCUGAGGGAGGUGGAGGCCCGCUUCGCCAUGCAGAUGCAGCAGCUCAAUGAGAUCCUGCGGCACCUGGAGUCUGAGCUGGCCCAGACCCGGGCAGAGGGCCAACGCCAGACCCAAGAGUACGAAGCCCUGCUGAACAUCAAGGUCAAGCUGGAGGCUGAGAUCGCCACCUAUCGCCGCCUGCUGGAAGCCGGGGAGGACUUCAGUCUCGGCGACGCCCUGGACAGCAGCAGCUCCUCACAAACCAUCCAGAAGAUCACCUCCCGCAGGAUUGUGGAUGGCAGAGUGGUGUCCGAGAUCAACGACACCAAAGUUCUGAGGCAUUGAGGCCACAGAAGCAGGGUACCCUUUGGGGAGCAGUAGGCCAAUAAAAAGUUCAGUGGUCACUGGACCACACUUUA